CAAACAUAUAUUAGUUGACAGUUGAGAGCUAACAGCUGUUCGGCCUUUAACGUCUUGUGCGCGCGAAAAUCUCCGAACGAUCGCUCCUCGAUUUUACGUCUCCGCGUGUCAAGUUAAAAGUCUUUGCACGAGAAACUAAAGUGUCAGUGAACGAAAGAGAGAAGAGAGAGAGAGAGGGAGAGAAGAGAGAAAGAUCUCCGAGUCAUUCAUUAGUUAACACACAUAACAUAUAUCCGGAACUAGACGAGACACAGUCGUAGCUACAAAUAUGUUUAUUUGGGACUGGUUUGCCGGAGUGCUGAAUUAUCUUGGACUAUGGAAGAAGAGUGGCAAACUUCUCUUCUUAGGUUUGGAUAAUGCAGGCAAAACAACGCUGCUUCAUAUGCUCAAGGAUGAUCGUUUAGCUCAACAUGUACCCACAUUGCAUCCAACAUCCGAAGAACUGUCUAUUGGAAAUAUGAGAUUUACAACUUUUGAUCUGGGAGGCCAUACUCAAGCACGUCGUGUAUGGAAGGAUUACUUUCCGGCCGUGGACGCGAUAGUAUUCCUCGUUGACGCGAGUGAUAGAACAAGAUUACCAGAAUCAAAAGCCGAGCUAGAUGCAUUAUUAACUGAUGAACAACUCAGCGCGUGUCCGGUUCUUGUGUUAGGCAAUAAAAUUGACAAACCAUCAGCAGCUUCGGAGGAUGAACUUAGGAAUUUCUUCAAUCUGUAUGGGCAAACAACAGGAAAGGGCAAAGUCGCUCGUAAUGAGAUACCCGGCCGUCCACUGGAACUAUUUAUGUGCUCAGUUUUGAAGCGACAGGGAUAUGGGGAAGGCUUCCGUUGGCUUGCACAGUAUAUCGAUUGAACGUAUCUAUUAUUGUACACACAUGACAGACAGAUUCUCUCUCAACAGUUUCAUCAUACAUUUCUCUUUCCUCUGAUAACGGUAUCGAUACUGGAAUUGUAAUAUCUUCACAUGAAAUCAGCAGCAUAGGAAAGGAGUACCAUUUCAUCGAUCUCAAAAGAGAUAGAGAAUCCAAGCAGUAAACGAAAUUCGAGAAGAUUUUUCACAAAUAGAGACAAAUUUUCUCGAAAAUAAUGUACACGCGAAUGAUAGGACUUUAAUUUUCCUUAUUUGACAUUGACGUGCAAAAAAACUCGGGGAAAGUGUCGUACCUUUUUCUGAAUUCUUUGAAUUUCAUCAUAGAUUUUAUGGAAUCCUAUCAUUUUGCGAGUCACUAGAAGAAUAAUCAUUAAUACGUGCUGAAAAAUGAAAUAAAAACGUUUUGAUAAAUAAAACUAAUAAAUUAUUUAAGAAUUCCAGGUUUGUAGAUUUAUUUUUUCUUUUUGGUCAGCGAUAUAUUUAACGGUCAAUAAUUUCAUGUGUUUUAUGAUUUCUAAAAAGUUGAAGAAAUGUAAUACGUAAUAAUUUAUGAAAGAUUGCUAAUAUUCCCAUUUUGUUUUUUGUGUGAAUAAUUUAUAAAAUUAAUAGUAUAUUAUAG